GUGUAGUGACGUCCCUUGGGACACAGGAAGGGAAAAUAUCUGGCGCUUCAACUCUAAGAAGCAGGCUACGCUCAACUGGUGCGAGUAGAAAAAACAGAAGUUUCGUCUUUACCUGGUUGACAGUCUCAAUUAAACCAUCUGAAUGGAUUCCGUUGACUCAGUGUUCUACUCAGAACGCCUGGGUCCUUCCAGUAACCCUUUGCUGGACCAGCUACCCAGCUACCAGUCCCUCCUGUACCGUAGGAAGUCCUCAGCCACAGGCAGCACGAAGAGAAGAGGCAGCUCUCGCAGACACUUAAGCUCGUCUUCCAGCUGGAAAUGGAAAGGGGACAAAGUGGAGGAGAAACCAAAGGCUGUCGCUCAUCAGAGGCUCAUCUGCGAGCUGCCCAAGACUAUGGAGGAGAAACGCAGAGACAAUGUGCAGCGCAUGGAGCAGGCUCGGGACCUGAGCAGCUGGAAGCAGUGGCGCCAGAACACACACCACUCCCUGAAGAGGCUGAAGGAAGACUGUAUGGAGCUGCUGAGAAGGCUGAAGCUGUGGAGAGGAGACAUCCACGUCAUAGAGGGGAUGUUUGGCACUGGGAUCCUGUCUUACUUCUCCUUCCUGCGCUUCCUGGUGCUGCUCAACUUCGUCAUCUUCCUCCUGAUGUUUUGCUUCAUCAUGUUGCCCAUCAUCAUCGCACCCCGUACUUCAGGAAACGCCACCUUCGACCUCUACAAUGGACAUGAAUGCAGUAACUACCCCAGCACGUCUCGUCGUGGACUGGUUGUGUUCCAUCAGUAUAUCACAGACCUACUGUCAGGGACGGGCUUUCUGGAAGAAACCUACCUCUUCUACGGCUACUAUAAGGUGGAAUCCAUAUAUUUCCCUAAGUUCUCCUAUAAUCUCCCCUUGGCCUACCUGCUCGUCACUAUUACCUACCUCUUCCUGAGUCUCAUUUGGAUUGUGAAAAGGUCGGCGGCCGGUUUCAAAAGGAAUCUGGUGCAGGAUGAGGACCGCUUCCAGAGCUUUUGCAACAAGAUCUUCGCCGGCUGGGACUUCUGCAUCACCAACGAGACCGCCGCCCGGCUGAAGCAGAGCAGCCUGCUGUACGAGCUGAAGACUGACCUGGAGGAGGAGCGGAUCAAGCAGAAGAUCGCUGACCGCACGCGCAGAGAGAAGUGCCGGAUAUACUUGCUGCGGCUGGUCCUCAACUUGUUCGUGGUGGCCGUGCUAGCUGCCUGCUUCUUUAGCAUCUACAGGGCCACCAUCUACUCACAGGAGUUCCAGUCUUCCCAGUUGAAUCCACGACCCAACUUCAUCCUGGAACUGAUCUUUGAGUACCUCCCCUCCAUCGUCAUCACUCUGGCCAACUUCAUCACCCCGCUCAUGUUCACACUCAUCAUCCAGUUUGAGGACUACUCUCCUGCCUUUGAGAUUCGCUUCACACUGAUGAGGUGUGUAUUCAUGCGUUUGGCCAGCAUUGGGGUUCUGCUAUUCUCUCUCUGGUCUCAGAUCACUUGCCAUUUAGGACCCAGCUGUCCCUGUGGAUACAACCACGAGGUCUACCCGUGCUGGGAGUCCCGCGUGGGUCAGGAGAUGUACAAACUCAUGAUCUUCGAUUUCAUCAUCAUCGGCGCCGUCACCAUCUUUGUAGAGUUUCCAAGGAAGCUGAUUGUGACGUACUGUGACUGCGGCUUGGCCAAGUGGUGGGGUCAGCAGGAGUUUGCCAUUCCCCAGAAUGUGCUUGAGAUUGUGUACGGCCAGACCAUCUGCUGGAUCGGCACAUUCUACUGUCCCCUGCUCCCAGCCAUCUGCACCAUCAAGUACUUCAUCGUCUUCUACAUCAAAAAGAUGACCCUGGUAAAGAACUGUCGGCCAGCCACACGCCCCUUCCGGGCCUCCAGCUCAAAUUUCUUCUUCCUGGUGGUGCUGCUGAUUGGCCUGGCGCUGGCCUGCGUGCCUGUGAUUGUCAGCAUCGCACAGAUAAACUCCUCCCGCGCAUGCGGCCCCUUCAUGAACUACACCAUGUCGUGGGAGGUGGUCCCGAAGGCGGUGUCCCAGCUGCCCGGGGGCCUGCCCACCUUCCUCUUCGCCCUGUCUUCAGAAGCCUUCGCCGUCUCCUUCUUUGUGGUUACGUGCCUGGCCAUGUUUUACGUGAUUGCGCUGGCUGGAGCCCACAAGCGUGUGGUGGAUCAGCUGAGGGAGCAGCUAGCCAUGGAAGGGAGAGACAAGCGCUUCCUGAUCCAGAAGCUGUGCCAGGCGCAGAGGACGUCCGUCAGGUCCGCGGGGGUGCAGUCUCACGCGGACAGGGACCGCCAGAGUAACCACGGCGCCCAAAACCACGACAACCCCGGGGGGGUGUUCCUGGCGCAGCCUCCGGUCUCCGCCACGCACGUCUGACGCACGCAGGCCUCAGGCGGGUAGACCAGGCCCGUGCGGAGAGCAGGGAGACCGGCCACAGAGCUACAGCCUUAACUGCACAUCGCUCUGACCCAAAGCGAACUAACAUCAGUCACAUUCGUGCGCGGUCUACUGGUCUUUUCAAAGAUGAGGGUCCCUAAAGUCUGAGUGCUGACAGUUGGACUCCCAGGAAUCACCUACAGGUCUGAAACAAGGACCAAUACAUUUACCCUCUUUUACCAUUAUACCACUAACUUGUUUGAUUAUCAUAUUCUUAUUUUGUAUUUUUAAUACAUGUCCUAAAUGUUUUCUUUAUCUUUUUUGUUUGUAACUUAACCUGGUUUGGUUCUGUUAUUGUUCGUAAGUAUGCCGGGGAUAUUAUCAUGUUUUCCUUCCAGGAAGGACUUUAUAUAUAUAUAUAUAUAUAUAUAUAUAUAUAUAAAUAUAUAUAUAUAUAUAUAUAAAAAUCACUUUAACGUCUAUUAGUAUAUAAAAGAUUUUAUGUUACGCGAAAGGCUACUGUGUAAAAAAACAAAACCAUUUUAUUGUCUUUCACAAAUUGAAAAACAGUUGGGUCCAGUCAGUACAAACACUGAAGGAAACAGGCUUCCUUAUAAAUCGAAGUACACUAGGGAAAUGGCUUUGCUUUUGAGAGGAUUUACACUGAUGAUGCACGUUAUGAAUUCUCUCUCUCGUUUCUUAACUGAGGAAUCGGGAUCACAACGAGUCACUGAAUUGGGCCCUUUUCACUGUGGCGAUAUAUCUGAGCCGUUUCUUGUGCUUUCGGACUGUUUGGGCACUGCUAAUUGUAAGGGUGUACUUAUUGAGGAUACUGUCCUCGGGUCUAAAGCUGCCUUCAUAGUAUUUGGGAUUGUGUUCCCCAGCAUGAAUUUUAUACCAAAUAUGUAUUUCAGUCACUGCCUCGUUUACACCUUGCUGAAGAGCACAGUGGAUGGAGGCUCCUUGCUUCUUUGAGUGUUGUUUUCCUGUGUUUGCACAAUGAAAUAUUUUUGAUACUUUUACGUUUUUUAUCAUUCGACAUAUCCACUAACAUAAAAUAAUUAGGGAUUUUUCUACCAAAUGUUUAUUUCAUUUGAAAAAUAUACAUUUGAAAUGUAAAUUUAAAAUAAACAUUUACAUUUUCCAGAAAA